CCGUGCACAACAUGGACACCGGCUCCGGCGCCGCCCGCCCGGAUGGCGAGCUCCCCUCCACCUCCACCGCGGCGGCCUCUGCGCAGGAGCCCGGCGCCGAGGAGGUAUGGUUAAAUGUAGUUAAGCCUGUUCUUCCAAAUGAACUCCUGACUAUUCAUCUAGAAGUGAAAACAAACAAAACCCAGCCAAGAUAAAAAUGAUCCUCCGUUUCAACUCAAGCUUCCUCCAAAGGCAGCUAGACCUGACAAAGAAGUUGACCCAGAAUAUGAGGAGAAGAUGAAAGCAGAUCGAGCAAAAAGGUUUGAAUUCCUCCUGAAGCAGACAGAACUUUUUGCACAUUUUAUUCAGCCUGCAGCACAAAAAUCACCAACAUCUCCAUUGAAAGUCAAGCUGGGACGGCCACGGAUGAAGAAGGAUGAAAAACAGAGUUUGAUUUCUGCUGGGGAUUACCGUCACAGGCGCACGGAGCAAGAAGAAGAUGAAGAACUGUUGUCAGAGAGUCGAAAAACAUCUAAUGUGUGUAUUCGAUUUGAGGAGUCUCCUUCAUAUGUGAAAGGAGGAACACUAAGAGAUUAUCAGGUUAGAGGUUUGAACUGGAUGAUAUCAUUGUAUGAAAAUGGUGUCAAUGGCAUUCUGGCAGAUGAAAUGGGCCUUGGUAAGACUCUGCAAACAAUAGCAUUAUUAGGCUAUCUGAAGCAUUACCGAAACAUUCCUGGGCCUCACAUGGUCCUGGUUCCAAAAUCAACUUUGCAUAAUUGGAUGAAUGAAUUCAAACGCUGGGUUCCAUCGUUACGUGCUGUUUGCCUUAUUGGAGAUAAAGAUGCCAGAGCUGCUUUUAUCCGUGAUGUUAUGAUGCCUGGUGAAUGGGAUGUUUGUGUUACAUCAUAUGAAAUGGUGAUUAAAGAGAAAUCUGUCUUCAAAAAAUUUAACUGGAGGUACUUGGUAAUUGAUGAAGCCCACAGAAUAAAGAAUGAGAAGUCAAAACUGUCGGAGAUAGUACGUGAGUUCAAGACAACAAAUCGAUUGCUGCUUACCGGAACUCCUUUACAGAAUAACCUCCACGAACUGUGGGCAUUGCUCAAUUUUCUUUUACCUGAUGUCUUCAAUUCUGCAGAUGAUUUUGACUCAUGGUUCGACACUAAAAAUUGUCUUGGUGAUCAGAAACUUGUGGAAAGACUUCAUGCUGUUUUGAAGCCAUUUUUAUUACGUCGCAUAAAAGCUGAAGUAGAAAAGAGUUUGCCUCCAAAGAAGGAAGUAAAAAUUUAUCUUGGGCUCAGCAAAAUGCAGAGGGAAUGGUAUACAAGGAUCCUGAUGAAAGACAUUGAUAUCCUGAAUUCAGCUGGGAAAAUGGAUAAGAUGCGUCUGCUGAAUAUUCUGAUGCAGCUGCGGAAAUGCUGUAACCAUCCUUACCUAUUUGAUGGUGCUGAGCCGGGCCCUCCUUACACCACUGACACACAUCUCAUCACUAACAGUGGUAAAAUGUUAGUUCUGGAUAAACUGCUGGCAAAACUCAGAGAGCAAGGUUCCAGAGUUCUACUUUUCAGUCAGAUGACUCGCUUACUGGAUAUUUUGGAAGACUAUUGCAUGUGGCGUGGCUACGAGUACUGCCGGCUGGAUGGACAGACGCCACAUGAAGAAAGAGAGGAAGCAAUAGACACAUUUAAUGCUCCCAACAGCAGUAAAUUCAUUUUCAUGCUGAGUACCAGAGCUGGAGGCCUUGGAAUUAAUUUGGCAACUGCUGAUGUGGUUAUUCUCUAUGAUUCAGAUUGGAAUCCUCAAGUAGAUCUGCAGGCCAUGGAUCGUGCGCAUCGUAUUGGUCAAAAGAAACCAGUACGGGUGUUUCGACUAAUCACUGAUAAUACUGUUGAAGAGAGGAUUGUAGAAAGAGCUGAAAUAAAACUGAGGCUGGACUCUAUAGUUAUACAACAAGGAAGGCUCAUAGACCAGCAAUCCAACAAACUGGCGAAAGAUGAAAUGCUGCAGAUGAUCCGGCAUGGAGCCACGCAUGUUUUUGCUUCCAAAGAUAGUGAGCUGACAGAAGAAGAUAUAAACACUAUUUUAGAAAGAGGUGAAAAGAAGACAGCUGAAAUGAAUGAACGAUUGCAGAAAAUGGGAGAGAGCUCCUUACGAAAUUUCACUAUGGACACAGAAAUGAGUUUAUACAACUUUGAAGGUGAAGAUUAUAGAGAGAAACAAAAGCUAAGCAUGAUGGAAUGGAUAGAGCCUCCCAAACGAGAACGCAAAGCUAAUUAUGCAGUCGAUGCAUAUUUCAGAGAAGCCCUACGAGUCAGCGAGCCCAAAGUCCCAAAGGCUCCUCGACCUCCAAAACAACCAAAUAUUCAGGAUUUCCAGUUUUUUCCACCACGGUUAUUUGAACUUCUGGAAAAAGAAAUUCUGUAUUAUCGUAAGACUAUAGGAUAUAAGGUCCCCAGGAAUCCUGACCUCCCAAAUGCAGCUCAGGUACAAAAGGAGGAACAAAAGAAAAUAGAUGAGUCUAUGCCUCUGAAUACUGAGGAAACUGAAGAGAAAGAAAAGCUUCUUACACAGGGUUUUACAAACUGGAAUAAGAGAGACUUUAACCAGUUUAUUAAGGCUAAUGAGAAAUAUGGCCGUGAUGAUAUAGACAAUAUUGCCCGUGAGGUGGAGGGAAAGUCACCUGAGGAGGUCAUUGAGUAUUCAGCUGUUUUCUGGGAACGUUGUAAUGAACUACAGGACAUUGAGAGGAUUAUGGCUCAAAUUGAACGAGGAGAGGCAAGAAUUCAGCGGAGGAUCAGUAUCAAGAAAGCUCUCGAUGCCAAAAUUGCAAGGUAUAAAGCACCUUUUCAUCAGUUGCGUAUUCAGUAUGGAACAAACAAAGGGAAAAACUACACAGAAGAGGAAGACAGAUUUUUAAUAUGCAUGUUGCACAAGAUGGGCUUUGACAAAGAAAACGUGUAUGAAGAACUAAGGCAGUGUGUGCGCAAUGCUCCUCAGUUCAGAUUUGACUGGUUUAUCAAAUCUAGAACUGCCAUGGAGUUUCAGAGACGCUGCAAUACUCUCAUAUCACUAAUAGAAAAAGAAAACAUGGAAAUUGAGGAGAAAGAAAGAGCUGAAAAGAAGAAGAGGGGAGCAAAAGUUACAGCAUCACAGAAGAGAAAAGCAGACUUGGCUACUGAAAACUCUGGAAAAAAAGAUGCCAAGAAAGUGAAGUCAUGAACCUGAAAAUUGAAUGCUAAACAUAAAACUGUCAUGUUCUUCUCUCCAUCUACAAGUAUUAAUUGCCAAGUUCUUUGUAAUCAUGGUACUCCCCCAAAUCCCACAGUUUACUUUUGCAAAAUUUGUAUCCUUUACAAUGUCUUUCUUUACCUAAAAUGUGUAGCUUUAUAUCUUAUGCAUUCCAGUAUUUUUGUGUACUGUAUUUUGUGAGUUUCAUGUCUUUGGCAAAAUUCACUCAGUCCUUGUUUUUCUGAAGCUUGUGCUGAGGUUUUAGCUUUUAUAUGUUUUAUAUGCUGCUGCUUUGAAAGAAAACCUAGAUUCUAUAGCUGUAUUAUUGUUGUUUCAUAUUUUAAAUUUAUAUGGCUGUUGGAAAAUAAACUGACUUAUUUGAAGAGAAAUAUA